UUUUUUCGGACAUGGAUCAUAUAAAUUGGUUCGGAUCUUCGAGAGUUCAUCAUUCGAGUCGUAUUCCCAAAGAUCUCAACUCAACAUGAAGGUCCUCGUAGCAGCUGUCCUAGCCCUUGGUUCGGUGUCUGCGCUAGGCUCAGGCCCAUACCUGCCCAGUGGGUGGAGGCCCGAUGGACCAGCUUUCUACCUGCCUUCACAGCCAAGGCAAACGGUCGUAGCUCUAAAAGAUGUGGCCCUUCAGGGCUCUGAAGGCUCAGGAUCUGACUUCCUGAGAGAAUAUGGUCCUCCACAAGUACAAAGUCUUCCUGACGUCGCCACGGAACAGUCCUUCGUGGUGCUGGAAGCCAAGUUUGGUGAGGAAGAAGGGGUCAGUGUUGAAGCAGCCACUGAAGUAAGCGAACUGAGGUCUUCACUGGUUGAAGAAUCAGCAACCACUGAGUCCAUCGAAUCUGUUGAGGAAGUGACACAAGCCGAAGUAAUUGAAGGCAGAUCUCUGAACCUUGAAGUUGAAGCAGUAGCUGAAAAAGCCGAAGUAACCCAAGAAGUAGCUACUCUAGCAACGGCUGUGGAACAAGAAGUGAAUGCGAAGUCAGAAGCUUCUGUAGAAGAAGUGAGUGCUAAAAUUGAGACUGACGUCGCUGAGGAAGUUAAGGCUGUCGAAGAAGGAGUGAAGAACAUCGCUGAAGCUAUAGUUGGGUUGGAGAAGGAGGUGGUUGCUAAGCAGGUGCAAAUCUCUCAAGACCUAACUGCAUUCAAAUCAGUCGAGCAAAGUUCGGGAGCUGUGGUGCAAGUCCCAGAAGGAUUCCUCGAGUAUGGACCCCCUGGCUUCAAGGAAUACGGACCCCCUAAGCAAGACGCUCUUCUAAGGAAUGUAGAGGCCACAACAUCUGAGGAAGAAAAGGUUGAAAACAACGAGACCAGAAGAAGGCGUUUUUCUCCUAAAUUCAGAUCCACCAAGAAACACUGAAAAAAAAGAAAAUGCGACAGAUUGAUGGCUCCAAACGAAAAAUGCUUUGUAUAAUGUAAUGCAGUUAAACCAGUAUUAUUUAAUUAUUAUAAUCACUAUAGCGAGUAAACAAUGUGAUAAAUAAUGUUAAUAAAGAUCGUGAAUGUAA